CCAACUCAGCAGCUCCAAUCUCAAAGCUGCAAUUUUCAAGAGCCAUAGCAGAAAGCUAAUUGGCUUCCGAUCUCCAUACCACCAGAAAAAAAAAAUGGGGUUCGACAGAUACGCCACGAAAAAGCGCCGUCGCGAACCGUACAAUGUCGACGUGAAGCUCGUCGAGAUCUACGAGGAUCUCGCCAGCGAAAAGGACGAGAUUCGUCUGCGUGCUGCGCAGGGCCUUGUCUCACAGUUCACUCCCGAUAAGAACCCGACCGAUGAACAGAUCAAGAAGACCCUUCAGCGGCUGUUCCGCGGACUAUGCAGUAGCCGCAAGGCUGCUCGUAUUGGAUUCUCCAUUGCGCUGACUGAGGCCCUGACUCAGAUUUUCUCGGCUGAGAGGGAGUCGGCUGAGUUUGGGAUUGCGGAUGCGCUGAAGCUUUGGGAGUUGCAGUCCAACUCCACUGGCAGUGAGACUGGACAGGAACAACGCGAUCACCACUUUGGCCGCCUCUUCGGUGCGGAAGCAAUUAUCAAGUCCUCUAUACUCUUCCAACCGUCUACCCCGUUCACCGAAUGGACCAAGGUCCUCGAUCUCAUCUUCGAACUCGCUCACAAAAAGCCAUGGUUGCGCGAGGAAUGUGGUUGGAUUCUCUACCGCUGUGUCUACGAUCUCUCCGCGCGUAAGAUGGACGAUAAGUACGUCGAGGCUGCUGUCGAGCGUCUUUGCUCGCACGACCUGGCCCGCUCUCCGGAAGGUGUGGCUGUCUGGCUGGCCGCUAAGGACAUGUUCCCCAAGGCUGAUUUGCCGAGCAAGGUUUGGAAACACGAUGACCCGCUGGACCCGAAGGAGCGCGGUAGUCUGUCGAAGAUCAUGAAGGAGUCAUCUGCCGAGCAGACCGAGGGCGAGAACAAGGGAAACAAGUCGUCUGGAGUGUGGAACUCGAAGCUUCAUUUCGCUUGGGAUGCGGUCAUUUCUCGCACCAGCGAAGUUCCCAAGGAGGGUAGCUCCAAGUCCAAGUCCAAGUCCAAGUCUGCACGUCUGAGUUUCGUUGACUUUUGGACCGAGGUUGUCGACAAUGGUCUGUUUGCCUCCUCAUCCUCAGACGAGCGCAAGUUCUGGGGUUUCCUCCUCUUCAACAAAGUCCUGAACGAGGGCUCACCCCAGCAGGCGAACCACAUUUUCACAAAGAACCUCGUCCGAUGCCUGACGAACCAGCUCGCCGUGGAGGAUCGCUACCUGCACCGGAUGGCCGUCAAGGCUACCAAGGCAGUCCAGACUCGCGUGUCCAAGGAGCCCGGUUUCGCCGCAGCCGCAGUCCGUGGCCUGAUGGGAACCAGCGAAAUCGUCAACUUCGAUCAAGCCACCAAGACCAAGACCAUUGAGAAGAUCGUGGCUGAUGCCAACAGUGAUGCUCUUAUGGAGAUCAUUCCCGUGUUCGAGAAACUUAUCCUGAACCCCGGCACUACCGAGGAGAAGGCUGCUGCGUCGAACCGCCAAUUCGUUGCUGGUCUGUUGUUGUCUAUCGUGCGUGCAAAGUCCGCUACUGGAAACAGUGACUCCGAAGAGGACUAUCAAUCGGUUCUCGAGCAGAUCUUGUUCAUCUUCGUGCGCUUUGCCUACUUCAUGGACAGCGCGCCGAAGCCUGCAUUGUCACAAGCGACCCAGGAGCUGUUGCGCAACCGAAUCAAUUCUUCCCUCAACAGUCUGCUUGCUUCUCAGAAGUAUGCCGCCACAAUUCCGUAUGCUGUCGUGCGCCAGAUCCGCGACGGUGCGAAGUCGCAGGAGCACGGCAAGUUCAUUAUCAACAUCGAUGAUAAGCUACAGGACUCGGUCAAGGCUGCCUUCAAGUCAUUGAAGAAGUUGUCCAGCAAGGAGAAGAAGGGAGAGACCUCCAGUAUCGCCGCUUUCAAGCUUCUUUACUCCUUGACCGUCUUGCAGGUGUACAGUGGUGAUGCCGAUGCUGUCUCUAUGCUCGACGAGCUGGAGUUCUGCUAUACCAAGUUCUUGGGAGAAGACUCCAAGACGAAGGAUACUUCCGAUGCCUCAGAUGCUCUGGUUGAGAUUCUCCUGAGCUUUGCCUCCAAGCAGUCGCAGCUGUUCCGCCGUAUGAGCGAGCAAGUCUUCGGCGCUUUUGCUGACCAGGUCACUGAGAACGGCCUGGAGUCGUUGAUUUCGAUUCUGGAAGCUAAGGAGAGCCUGGCUGGUCAACAGGAGAUGUUCGAAGAGCAGGAUGAUGACGAUGACGAGGAAGAGGACGACGACGAAGACGACGUUGAGAUGAUCGACGUCGACGAUGAAGACAGCGACGUCGAAGUCGUCCUCGGCGGAGGCGCCUCCGACUCCUCCUCCUCAGAGGAAGAAGCAGACGAAGACAACGAAGAAGACGCCGCCGAAAUAGCCGCCUUCGAAGCUAAGCUCGCCGCCGCACUAGGCACCCACCGCGCCGACGACGGCAAAGACUCUGACUCCGACUCAGACGCCGACAUGAACGACGACGAAAUGGAUGAAGUCGACGAAAAACUCGCCAACGUCUUCCGUGCCCGCCACCAAGCCGCCUCUCAACACAAAGACAAGAAAGACGCGCGCGAGAACAUGGUCAACUUCAAAAACCGCGUCCUCGACCUGCUAGAGAUCUUCGUCAAGAAAUGCCACUCCCGGCUCCUGGCCUUGGACCUACUCCUCCCCCUCCUCAGACUGACGCGCCGCUCGACCGUGAAGCAGAUCGCCAACAAGGCCAACAGCGUUCUCCGCGAGUACACCAAGCUGUGCAAGGGUAAUGCGCUGCCUACUAUUGAUAGCGAGGACGGUCCUGAGGCGAUUUGGGAACUGUUGCGCGCUAUUCACAAGGAGGCUAGUCAUAGUGGCCCGCCUGCGCAUGCGACGGCGUGUAGUCAGGCUUCGCUGCUUGUGGUUAAGGUGCUUGUUGGACAGGAUAAGGCUGCGAUUGCGGAUGUGGUUGAUGUUUAUGCGGAGACGAGGAAGGCGCAGUUGAUUAGCACUAAGUGUCAUAUUCAGCCGUCUUUCUUUACGGAUUGGAAUAACUGGUGUGUGUCGGCUAGUAAGCAGUUGAAGAAUUGAGUGGACUGUGGCUAGGUAGCUGUUGGUGUAUAUAGUUGGUGUCUAUUUUGGCACUUGUUAUUCCCCAAAAAUAUGUG